CAAAUUCACCACAGUAGGAAAUGUUUUUGACAUUUCCACCAAUUUUUUUAAUAAUCUUUAAAUACGGUUUAUUUUUAAUAAAUAAUAAAAAUAAAUUAUUUACAAACUUUAAGAAAACCUUUAAAUUCGUGCAAAAAUGCCUAUGAUAGUAAUUUCCGGUUUACCUGCUAGCGGCAAGACUACGCGCGCUAAAGCACUGCUGAAAUACUUCACUGGUAGAGGGAAGAAGGUACAUUUAAUCUCGGAGAAUGUUUCCAUAGCCAAUGCAGGUUUUCCGAAAAAUGAAUACUUUGCAGAUUCACAAAAGGAAAAACAAGUUCGUAGCGACAUUAAAUCCGAGGCUUUGCGAUUGCUUAAUAAAGAGGAUGUGGUAAUCGUGGAUGGUGGCAAUUAUAUUAAAGGCUACCGCUACGAACUAUUCUGCGCAACAAAAGCGGCACGCAGUACACAAUGUACAUUAUUUUGCGGCAUACAGGAAGCACGUGCAUGGCAGUUGAACCAAGAACGCUCUGACGCAGAUGUAGUGCUGACCGGGUCUGAAGAACAAGUGGGCACUUCGAAUGUGCCAUAUACACGUGAAAUAUUCGACGCCUUAUGUAUGCGUUACGAAGAGCCACAUGGUAAUUGUCGAUGGGAUAGCCCGCUGUUUGUGGUGUUUCCGGAUGAUUCACUUGACUUCGAGGCUAUCUAUGGUGCGCUGUACGAAUCAAAACCUUUGCCGCCAAAUCAAAGCACCCAAAACCCACCACUCAGCGCUACAAAUUAUCUCUUUGAGUUGGACAAGUUGACGCAACAAAUUGUUGGAGACGUUUUGGCAGCGCGUAAAAUUGGCAAUACAGGACCAGUGCCGGUAAAAGAUAGCCAGGUGAAAGUGGAAGUGCCAGCGGCAAUAAACGCCAUCCAACUGAAUCGUUUACGGAGACAAUUUCUCAAUUAUAGUAAAUUACAUCAUGCGACCACUAGUACUUUGGAUAAAGUGCCACAAUUGUUUGUGCAAUUCCUAAACUCUAAUUGCAACGAAUAAAAUGAUUUUAAGUAAAUGGACAGAAAUUAUAGGUUUUUAUUAAGAAAACGCGAAAAAGCCACAAUGGUCCAUCUUGCCAACAUAAGUAAACGGUUCACAGCCGGCUAUUUUUGGAAAUUGACUGCGAGUACUGUUUCCCCGCAGUGGCCAACUUUUUAUUCUCUCACAACAGUCGGCUAUGUUAACAGAAUGCAGUAUUACCCAAGAAUUUAUGCGUGAUAUUUUUUGCUAUUAUAACAAUCAUAAUUUAAUAAAAAUCGCAUUCAAUUAUCCAUUUGAUCCCGUCUUCUGACCGAUUGUUGUAUAUCAAUGCGACGAAUGCGUGGUUUUAAAUUUUUUUUUUUUUUAAUUAAACGAAUUACUUUCAGUAUUAUAA